AUGUUCCCCUUCCAGGUCCUCAACCUGUUCUUCAUCGCCUCCAAGGUGGAGGAGGAGGAGGAGGAGGAGAAGGAGCGCAAGUACGAUGUGUCCGUUUACAAACGGGGGGACCUCCUGGAGGUGCCUCGCACCCUGUUCACGCACUUCGGCAUCUACCUCGGGGACAACAAGGUGGCGCACCUGAUCCCCGACAUCCUGCCCGUCUUCUCCUCCGAUGAGAAGGCCGUCAGGAGCAUGGUGACCAACAACAGGCUCAUCCUUGGCGUCAUCACCAAGGUGGCCAGCGUCCGCGUGGACUCUGUGGAGGAUUUCGCCUACGGGGCGCAGAUUCUGGUCAACCACAUGGAUAAAGUGUGCAGCCGGCCUCCGUUCAGUGGCGAUGAGGUGGCGCGGCGGGCGGAGAAGCUGCUGGGGUCCGUAAGCUACAGCCUGCUGUGGUACAACUGCGAGCACUAUGUCAUGUACUGCAGAUACGGCACCGCCAUCAGCUUCCAGACCUAUCAGUUCUGCAAAACAGUGCGAAAGAUUUUCUGCAGCAAGAAGUGCGCGGCGUUCACUGCUCUCCUAGGGCUGGGUGUCAUGCUGUACCUGGAGACCAUGUCUGUGUUCACAGCGCUGGCCACCCUGUUUGUUUCUUUCACCAUCUGGAUGGCGUCGUAA